UCCAAAUGGGUCGAAAGCCAAACGAUUCAGAAACUAGUCGCUGGGCUUUCCUGAUCCUUCUGUUAAUUGGUCUCGUCUCUUGCUCUCUGGUUUACAUGGGUUUGUCUUCGGCGUUCAGACCGGUGAACAUUUCAUCCCUUUCGGACUUCGGUUUGGUGGGUUCUUCGUCUUCUGAUGGUGGAAGUGAUUGGGAGCAGAAUUUGGAUUCGGAGGAGGGAGAGUGUUGUAGAGGGAUAGAUCAUUUGGAGCUCUGGGGGCCUGCUGUCAAAUGGGGAACGGAUUUCAAGGUUAAUUCUUCUAAGGAGUGUUGUCGGGCAUGCAAGGCGAUGUGUAAUGGCCGAGAUGGGCCAUGCUUGUGCGAUAGUUGGGUUUUCUGUGGGAACAGAGAGUCUUGCGGUCCCAAGCUUGGUGAGUGCUGGUUGAAGAAACAGAAGGAUCCUUUAGCCCCAGAGCGACAAGAGGCAGGAGAAAAAGUUAUGUGGACAUCUGGCCUUAUCUUUGGAAAAGGAGAGGGCAUUGUUGGGUUGGAAACAGAGUAUGGUAUUCUUCAUAUAAAACUUUUCCCUGACUGUGCCCCACAAUCAGUGUUGCACAUACUAGAGUUGUUGGAAUUGCGACAUUGUGCGGGUUGCCAUUUUUAUCGUGCCGAAGGCCGUGGGAUCUCUUGGGAUUCAAAAGGAAACCGCAUAAAGGAUGCUCCUCUUGGCCCUCCUUAUGCCCUGAUCCAGGGCACACUUGAAGCACAAGGAAACCCAUUCAAGAAAAUCCCAACAGAAGCUUGUCCAACAAUAAGAAGAGGGUCAGUUGCAUGGGUUGGUUCAGGCCCAGAGUUCUUUAUUAGCUUAGCAAACCACUACGAGUGGAGAAAUGCAUACACUGUGUUUGGUUCUGUUCUACUAGAAGAUAUGGAGAAAGUGGAAAAAAUUGCACAUCUUGCUACCAAACCAGAUGUUUGGAGCGGUAUUAACGUUUCUGUCUUAGAGAAACCUGUUUCCUUCUGGUUUCGGAGAGUCAAGACAAUGCAUGGAGACCUUAACCUCAACAAAAAUGAGAACUCAGAUUCCAAUGGUUCUUAACUGCUUGUAUGUCCUAAACCCUGGGUCUUUCUGCACUUUUUGGCUCUUUGUUCAUUUUCUUCUAGAUUUUGCAUUACUCAAUCCAGUUAUGAAACAUGGUAAGAAAAUUAUUCUCAUUGAGGCUUU